AUGGCGUCAGGAGGAGAAGUUCCAUCUGCCGUGAAUGGGCAUCCUGCACCCAUCUACUUGGUGUCAUCUGUGCAGGAGACCAUUAUGCCGACCCCAGCUACUACUGUCACCCAGGCUGGGACAGGAGACCAUCCUCCUCAGGCUCCACUGCCAGUGGACCAGGUGGUUCCCAUCAUCCUCCCAUCCAGUGGUGGAUCACAGCCCCAGUGGGUUUGUGGGGAGAGUGGUCCAGCCACCACCCGGAACCAGGCAUCACCUGAAACAUCCAGUAGCCCCAGUACCGUCUACGAGAACUUUCGGCGCUGGCAGCGCUUCAAGGCCCUGACCCGGAGGUACCUUCCUCAGACUCCGGACACUGAGGCCGUUUCCUGCUUUCUCAUCCCGGUUCUGCGCACCCUGGCCCGCCUGAAGCCCACCAUGAGCCUGGAGGAAGGCCUGCGCCGGGCCCUGCGGGAAUGGGAGGGCACGAGCAAUUUUGACCGCAUGAUCUACUACGACAUGGCUGCCAAGUUCAUGGAAUUUGAGGCUGAGGAAGAGAUGGAAGCGCAGAAGCUGCAGUGGAUGAAUGGAGUACAGGGCCUGCCAACCCCUGCUCCACCCAGGCCUGAGCCUCAGGGUGCUCCAGGCCCACCACUAGGCCAGCAGCCAGCCUGUGUCCCUAAGAAAUCCAAACCCCGGGCUCGGGCAGCCUGCCCCAAGACGCACAAACCACAGUGGGACCCCAAAACCAAGGCCCCCAAGGAGAUCCCCCCUGAGGCCGUGCAGGAGAACAUGGAUAUCAUGGACGAGCUGCUAAAGGCCCCUGACACAGUCUGCGGGGCGCCCGUUGGCCGAAGGGCAGCGGGCAGGAAGGAGCAGCAGGAGGAGGCCGGGAUCUACCCUGAGCCGGGGCUCCUGAGCUAUGUGUAUGAGCUGUGUUCCCAGGAGGCCUUUGUCACCAAGGUCGAGGCAGUCAUUCACCCCAGCUUCCUGGCGCACCUGCUCUCCCCAGAAUCCCAGCUGGAUCUCCUGGACCUGGCUGAGGAGCUGGAGGAGGAGGAAGGAAUUGUGGAAAAGCGUCUGCGAACUGAGCAGGACAAGGAGGUCAUGAAGGAGCUGCUGGCCAUGGACCCCAUGUCCCUGGACCUUGCAAGGUCAUCAUCUAGCCCAGUGCUGCGCACCCUGGCCAGCCUGAAGCCCACCAUGAGCCUGGAGGAAGGCCUGCGCUGCGCCCUGCGGGAAUGGCAUGGCAUGAGCAACUUUGACCGCAUGAUCUACUACGACAUGGUUGCCAAGUGA